CGGGGCCGGGGAGCUCAGUGCCCAAGUCGCCCCGGGGUGGCAGUUCCCGUUAACCUUAGCCACAAAGUCAAAGACGGCCGGGCAGGGAGCCGCCGUGCUGAUGCCGAGGGGCCUCCGGGGAUGGAGAGUGGCCUGGCUGGCGACAGCAGCACAGGAGAUGUGCUCGUCAUGAGGAUCAAGCAGGAGAAGCCAGAGUGGCUGCUGCAGGCGCUGGGGCCACAGGCCGCGCUUUCCCAGAAGGAUAAGGAGAACAUUUUCCAGCAGCGUCGGAGCCUCCCGCCAUGCCAGACCGUGGGGAAGCCUCGAGCCUGGGGGGGACAGGAGGAGACUGGGGGUCCAAGGUGGGCCCCUCCCCUCGAGCAGGACGGCGGGCCGGCAGGCCGGGCUCCGGGGGUGACCCCCAGCCCCCUGCGCCCCGCUCUUUCUGCCGGCGAGGGUCACUUCGUGUGCCCGGACUGCGGGAAGAGGUUCAGCUGGUGGUCGACCUUGAAGAUCCACCAGCGCACCCACACCGGCGAGAAGCCGUACCCGUGCGGCAAGUGCGGCAAGAGCUUCAGCCAGAAGCCCAACCUGGCGCGCCACCAGCGGCACCACACGGGCGAGCGGCCCUUCUGCUGCCCCGAGUGCGCUCGGCGCUUUAGCCAGAAGCAGCACCUGCUCAAGCACCAGAAGACCCACUCCCGGCCCGCCACCCACCCGUGCCCCGAGUGCGAGCGCUGCUUCCGCCACCAGGUGGGCCUCCGCAUCCACCAGCGCGCGCACGCCCGGGACCGCCAGGGCACCCGCGCUGGGCUGCAGACGCUGCUCCGGGACGCCACGGCCCACCGGGGCUGUCGCCCGCGGCCGGGGCCCCGGCGGGGGCGCCCCGAGUGGGCCUGGCUGGGGCUCUGCCAGAGCUGGUGGCGCCAGCCCGGGGCCCGGACCGCCGCCCCCGCCGAGCCGCGCCAGUUCAUCUGCAACGAGUGCGGCAAGAGCUUCUCGUGGUGGUCGUCGCUGAACAUCCACCAGCGCAUCCACACGGGCGAGCGGCCCUACCCGUGCCCCGAGUGCGGGCGCCGCUUCAGCCAGAAGCCCAACCUGACGCGCCACCUGCGCAACCACACGGGCGAGCGGCCGCACCCCUGCGCGCACUGCGGCCGCAGCUUCCGCCAGAAGCAGCACCUGCUCAAGCACCAGCGCACGCACCUGCCCGGCGCCCCGGCCGCGCCCCGCCCCAGCCGUGCCGCGCUGCGGGCCCACCAGCAGGCCCACGCCGCCGCCGCCGAGCCGCCCGCCCAGGGCGCCCCCGGCCUGUUGCCGCCGCCGUCGCACGGCCCCUCGCCGGCCCGGGGGCCCGGGGACGUGCCGUGGGGCCGGGCGCGGGCGGGUGGGCCGGGCGAGCCGCGCCAGUUCAUCUGCAACGAGUGCGGUAAGAGCUUCUCGUGGUGGUCGGCGCUCACCAUCCACCAGCGCAUCCACACGGGCGAGCGGCCCUACCCGUGCCCCGAGUGCGGGCGCCGCUUCAGCCAGAAGCCCAACCUGACGCGCCACCGGCGCAACCACACGGGCGAGCGGCCCUACCUGUGUGCCUCCUGCGGCCGCGGCUUCAGCCAGAAGCAGCACCUGCUCAAGCACCAGCGCGUUCACCGGGGCGCCCUGGCGCCCACCCCCAGCGCCAAGGGCGCGGCGCUCUAGGGGGCCUGGACCCAAGCAGACCCAUGGGCGGGAUGGGAUGCUUGCGUGGUGCGUGUGGGGAAUGACCAGGAAUGGUGGCUUUUAGAACCCCAGGGGGUAAGACUCUAUCAAAAGGUGCUUUCUUCAAGGCUCUCAGACCUGAGAACAGAAUUCCACAAGCAUCCCAAAACGGGGGCCGGGAAAAGUCCCGGGAAGGGCUGAGGGAGGAGGUAAGAUCAGACAUCCUCACCCUGGAACCUGGAUGUGUCUGUGAUGGUUGAGGCCCGUCUGUGUCCUUCCUUGGAGGUGGGACGGCAGCCCUCGGGCAUUGAGUGCGGGGGCUGUCGACGGCCCUGGGCGAGGCUCCCUGGGUGAGAUGGUGCAGGUCUGGACUGGUCAGCUGUGGCACCAGCCAGCUGCGCUCAGCUGCCAGAUAGCCCAGGGGCGUCCCUGUGGGGGAGUCUCAACAGACUGAGUGAUACCCAGAUGGGAGCUGGGGCUGGGGAGGGGCACGCCUAUGCCCGUGCGAGGCCAGUGCUGAGCACUUAAUGGCUACUCAAGACAUGUUUUUGGAAGGAGGGAAUGGUUUGAUGGUCCUCAACACCAAGACCCCGCUGCCCAGGGUGCUGUGGUGGCCGGCUUGACCCUAGGACUGGUGUGUGUGUGUGUGUGUGUGUGUGUGUGUGAUGGU